GGAAAGUCGUCAUAUCAACAUCCGGUUCAUUAACGCGAAGUCGCGAAGUCUUCGUUUGCGUCACUGUGUGGUUCCCUGUAUGUUUCGUACGAACGACGUUGGAUUAAUUUCAGCCACUGAAAACGACUUUAGGAGUUAAAUCAUGGCUCCCGGGGGCCCAGCCGAGAAAAAAGGCAACGUCCUUCCGCUGUGGGGCAAUGAAAAGACGAUGAACCUCAACAACCUGAUUCUGACAAACAUUCUCUCGUCGCCUUAUUUCAAAGUAAAUCUGUACAAGUUGAAGACAUAUCACGAGGUCGUGGACGAGAUCUACUACAACGUGCAACACCUAGAGCCCUGGGAAAAGGGAAGCAGGAAGACAUCUGGCCAGACUGGAAUGUGUGGAGGGGUCCGUGGUGUCGGUGCGGGGGGCAUAGUGUCGACCGCGUUCUGCAUUCUCUACAAGCUGUUCACCCUCAAGCUGACCCGCAAGCAGCUCAACGGCCUCAUGAACCACUGCGACUCACCCUACAUCCGAGCGCUCGGCUUCAUGUACAUCAGAUUCACACAACCUCCAGCAGACCUAGUGGACUGGUAUGAACCGUACCUUGACGACGAAGAGGAGCUGGACGUGAAGGCCGGCGGCGGGCAGACACUGCGCAUGGGCGACAUGCUGCGCCACUUCCUGACCAAGCUGGAGUGGUUUGCCACCCUGUUUCCCCGCAUCCCGGUGCCCAUCCAAAAGGAGAUUGAGCGCCGCCUUGCCCUGCACCCGCCCAUGGCGCCCGCGGGGGCGCAGGUGGCGCCGGAGGGCGACGAGGGAGAGCCGGAGGCGCCCGCCGAAGAGCUUGCUGGCCCAGAAGCCAGGCGCAGGAGGAGCCCUUAUGCUCGGGAGUUCAACGGGGGACGGGACGGUCCUGGAGACGCCAUCAGGGACAGAGAAAGGCCUCGAGAACGCCGGAGCCGGAGCCGCGACCGUUACCGCGACAGCAGACACAGAAGCAGAAGUCGGGAGGCUCGUCCACACCGCAGUGGCGGCGAGAGGCCGCGGGAUUCCGACCGUCCGAGAGAUGCAGACCGUACGAGGGACCCCGAACGGCUGAGAGAUGCCGAUCGCCUGCGGGACGCCGAUCGGCUUAGAGACACCGAUCGUGCGAGGGACGCCGAGCGUUCCAGGGAGUCUGAUCGUUCGAGGGACCACGAGCGUUCCAGGGACACGGAGCGUUCUAGGGAGUCAGAACGAGCGAGGGAUUCCGAUCGGUCAAGGGAAUCGGAUCGCCACCGCCACAGGGGCAGUCCCGAACGCAGGCACGUGGAACGACCUCGCGAUCGAUCUCGCGAGCGACUUCGCGAGCCGUCCCGCGACCAGAGGUCUUUGUCCCGAAGAGAACGCUCUCGUUCACCGAUAAAACGGGAUCACCAUCGGUGAUCUCGCCAGUUUGGGCAACGACCCGGGGAGUUGGGGACAAUUCAUACUUGGCUUGAACUCGAGGUUUCAUUUAUGCAGGCUCGUGGAGCUGUGGAGUGGUUGUUGCCCCUGUUAGUAUGCUGUAAAACUGGCAACUGUUGGGAGUAUGGUGAAUAUGGGUAAGAAGUGUUUCGCUUGUGUCGCUGCAAAAUUAUACAAAUAAAUGUCUUUAGAUCAUGGGGAUUGAUCUAUUAUGCUCCCUAUUUGAAACCCUCAAAUUGGUGGCCUAGGCUUUUGUCAUCUUUUUCGUUAGGUGGCUACUUGAAAUAUCUGUUGUUACCAACUGUAAUAACACUCCUGCUGUACGGCAAAAUUUAAUGUCAUUUCCGUUGAAACACUUGAAGUGUUCGGCGAAUCUGCUCGCGAUCUUGAUUGCGAGCGUUGCGCGUGCACCAGGUGGCGCCAGGAGUGGUGCGUGCUGAUUGGUCGUUCAGAUAAUGUCAUUAGAUGGAAAUUGCGUUGAAUUUCGUGGUGGGACAGCUGCGCAAGGAUGUUGAGGGGGAGCUUGCGAGUGUCCUUUCCCAGGUAACAAAACACAGCCUUUAUUUGCGUUUUGACUGCACAGUCGUGCUUGAGGUUCUCGCAUUGCUGAAAGCUGUCGAAGUGCAAUGAAGACCAGAGGCCUCGUGCUGGGGGCAGGGCCCUCCAGUGCUCCUUCCUGAGGAUUGUGUCCUGUCGGUUACUAGGAUAACAGUCUUCUGAAAGUUGUUUCUAGUUGCUUUGGUGCUGCAAGUGCAAGAGCCAUAUUACCAGAUCAUAUCAUAAAGAGGAUUUUCAGAGUAUCUUUUCGUCUGUGCUGUGGUAAGCCUGAGUGUAGCAAAAAAGUAUGUUUGGUUUUGUUCUUGUGUUCUCUUUGUGCUGCAGCUGCCUUUUUUUUUUCUUUUUUUUUUUUGUACAAUGACAUUUUACAUUGAUGUUUUGUCUUACAACUCUGAACUGCAACAACUUUUCGUACCAUCGUGGCAUAGGUUCAGUUAAUUGCACGGGGGUUGACAAAGGAGCUCGGAUAACCACUGUUGGGGUAUGGUUUUUCCCAAUGUGAUUCAUGCAGGUUUUGUGUGCCAUGCAUCUUGCUGCAUAUUUGGUAGAUUAUGUGCCUACAAUCUGAAAUACGGCGUUUGUAUUGUGGCAUUUAACUGCACUCUCUUCUAAACUUGCAUGGAGGCAGAUGCUAGUAGAUUUGGGAGAUGUGUAGGUUUUUUUGUUUUUUUUUAUCUAAUUCAGUUGGGAAGAGAGGCAUGCAAAGCAUGGUGAUGACAAAGGAUUAAUCAGGCAGAAGUUAUUCUUAUAUUUCAUCAGUCAGCUUUUCUCUGCAGUAGGAGCAAGCCAUGGUCGAGCUUGAGUGAAAGUUUUUAAUUUGUUGCCCAUGUCCCGUGAAGCACGUGUUUGUAUAUAUUAGCUUUCAUUCACGUUCCCCUGUACAGACAUUUGCCAGUAAUAGCACAAAAAAAGUCGCCGUGUUUUUUUUUUUUUUUUAAUACAGCAACACAGUGACAGUUCUGACAUCACCUUCGCUACAGUUAAAUUCAUCAGUUUUUCUUCAGCAUUUUCAUGUUGCACCUUGAAAAAUAAAUCUAUUCUGUGAUUGUA